AGAAGAGAAACGACGGAAACUGAAAGAAGACAAAGAUAAUUGUGAUCUGUCAUAUGGUAAAAACUUUUUCCGGCGACCACGAUGUGUUCACGUUAAGCUUACCUUUUUCUUUUUUAUUUUCACCUCACCUCAGCAGAUAUAAGUCUUGAAGCUCAAAAUCGUUCCCAUAAGCGCAAUCUGCGUAAACGAGGGCCGGAAAAUAACGAGAACAAGCCCAAAAGAAAACAAACUUCUGAUAUCCUUUUGAUACUACAUACUGACACUGAUACUGACAAAACCUUUUUCCACAAAAAUGAUGCAUGUUAUUCCUUAACCAUUUUUUUAAUACGCCCGGCGCUAGUUUUGAAAGUGAAGGAAGAAGAGCUAAUGGCCGAUCUACUGGCGAUGCGCAACGGACGAAAACUCGAUCAAGCGAAAUGCGAAAAGACGAAAAGUUGAUACCGUCCACUCUUUCUUAUUCCUACCCUCGCCCCACAUUGAUCUACCUUGCAACUCCUAAUCUAUUCAUUGCUAACCCAAGCAUCUAUGUAUCAUAUGUAAACAACUUAAAGUACAAAGUCACCACUAUUUUGCUGCACAAUGACCGACCCUUCCAACAUCUUUUUCUUUUCUACGGGGGAACCUCGAGACGACCUUUUUCCAGCUUGGCCUUGUUAAUUUUUCUUGGAAUACAUGAUCUCGUUUUAUCUCUAAAUCACAAUCAAUCGACUAGCGUUGAGGCUCGUUUACACACCAGCCUUCACGUUGGUCAUCACGUCGUUUGUUGGCCAUACAUGGCAUAUACACCUUCCAAGAUAAGCAUGACACGGGAGUGGCUGUAUCCCCUCCCCGGCUCGUUCUAUGGCUUGAUAAUAUGUAUCUCUGGCGAUCUGUAGAGUUGUCUCUGAUGGCCUGCACCUGGGUUUUGCUUUGACAAGAUUGUAUCUUGACGAGUGGUGACUGUGCGGGAACAAUGCAGAUAAAGGAGGCGAGCAAGAGGCCUUGAAAAAGGUCCCAACGUCGCGAUGAUUCCGCCUGGAAUCCGCUGAUAAA